UCGAAGUAUUUUCGAUUCCAAAGUUCGACCUUUCCCCAAUGUCUUUCAAGAAACGCAAUUUUAAAAAAGGCUAACUGCUGAUAUUUAAGAAUCUCUUUUUAAUAAAUUAAUAAAUAAACAUAAGCGAAGUUGAAGCAAACAUUAUGUUAUCAGAGGUUUUCUGCAUUGUCUUUUAUUAAAAUGUUCUACUUGUAUGAAAAGUGAGUUAUAUAACCUUUACGAGUGUUGAACGCAAAAAUCUUUGUGUUCAAUAUUCACUGUUCAGAGGAGUAAUUCUGCAAUUUCUAAGAGUGACAAUUUUUUUCUAUUUGAAUAUUUUUGUGUGGGCGUUUAUCAAUAAUUCGUAUAUUAAUAAUGCUUCGACUACUAGUGUCUUUGAGCCCUCGAGCUUGUAAAGCGGUCUUUACCACGGCAUCAACUUCUGUGAAUACUAGGAAUCCAAUAUUGUUAGAACAUGCUCGUAACUUUUCCUUUAGUUCCAAGCUUCUUUCUGAUCGACCACAGGUUCAGAAACCUGCACCAGAUUUUUCUGGGACUGCUGUAGUCAAUGGUGACUUCAAAGAAAUAAAACUGAGCGACUAUAAGGGAAAAUAUGUUGUUCUUUUCUUUUAUCCCUUAGAUUUCACGUUUGUAUGCCCCACUGAAUUAAUAGCGUUUAGCGAAAAAAUCUCAGAGUUCAAAGCUUUGAAUACACAAGUGAUUGGAGUUUCUACAGAUUCCCAUUUCAGUCAUUUAGCAUGGAUUAAUACAUCAAGAAAACAAGGAGGAUUAGGUGGAGAUUUGGGUUACCCUCUUCUCAGUGAUUUCAAUAAAGAAAUAUCAGCCAGAUAUAAUGUCCUCAUUCAAGAUGCUGGAAUUUCCUUACGAGGUCUAUUCAUCAUAGACAAAGAGGGAAUAUUGAAGCAACUUAGUGUGAAUGAUUUGCCAGUGGGAAGAAGCGUGGAUGAAACAUUGAGACUAAUUAAGGCAUUCCAGUUUGUUGAAAAACAUGGAGAAGUUUGUCCUGCCAAUUGGCAGCCAGAUUCUAAAACCAUCAAGCCAAAUCCAAAGGAUAGCAAGGAAUAUUUUGAAUCAGUAAAUUAAACGUCGACUGUGAAUUCUUUUUUACGAACAAAUAAUGUGUAAUGCAUUGUAAUGUAAUAUAAGUAAAAUAUUAAUAGAAAUACCUGAAAUAUCA